GCUUGGUGUAAACAAACCCAGCGGAAAGCUUUGUUUCCGCGCUGAUAUGUCAAUGCAGUAGGAUUCUUCACUUUAUUCGAUGUUGAUAUCAAUGCCAGUAGAUAUAAACAAUCUUGCAGAUGGAUGGCUCGAACUUGAAAGUGACCCAGGUCUCUUCACACUGCUCUUGGAAGACAUGGGUGUACGAGGAGUCCAGGUUGAGGAGAUAUAUGACCUUCAAAAGUCGUUUGAAGGGAAAGUGUUUGGCUUUAUAUUCCUCUUCAGAUGGAUAGAAGAGAGACGUUCCAGGCGCAAGAUUGUAGAAAACACAGAUAAUUAUGUUCAGGAUGAAAAUAUUGUCAAUACUAUGUUUUUUGCACAACAGAUGGUACCAAACAGUUGUGCGACACACUCACUGGUGUCUGUGCUGCUCAACUGUUCCACGUUAGAUCUAGGCCCAACCUUGUCCAGGCUGAAGGUGCACACAAUUGGCAUGGACCCAGAAAACAAAGGCUGGGCCAUUGGCAAUACCCCAGAGCUAGCAAAUGCACACAAUUCGCAUGCAGCACCACAGGCUAGAAGAAGGCCAGACAAAACUCCAGGAGUACCAACAAGUAGUCGUACAUCGAAUGCAGAAACAUUCCAUUUUGUUUCUUAUGUUCCUGUAAAUGGUCGUCUCUUUGAGUUGGAUGGACUAAAGCCCUUUCCUAUUGACCAUGGACCAUGGCUUGAGGGAGAAGAUUGGACCGAGAAAUUUCGCCGAGUAAUCACGGAAAGACUUGGUAUUGCCACAGGUGGUGAACCCUAUCAUGAUAUUCGCUUCAAUCUCAUGGCAGUAGUUCCAGAUAAGAUCACUGCCUACAGACGGAAGCUGAUGUCCCUAAGACGAAAUAGAGAAACGAUCUUAGAAGCACUCCACCAUUUUGUUCGACAGCAGUACCCUGCAUAUAUAGGAAAGGAGAAGCCAGCAACAUCCAACCCUACAAAGACAGAAGAUGAGAUUGAGGAAGGCAACAAUCUGUCUCUGCUAGCAGUGGCAGCCUCACAAAAGCUAGAAGCUCAGGGAUAUGCAGAUGAGUCUGCCACAGAUGAUCAAGAGAUGGCACAGGAAUCAAGAAUACACCAUGCAACCUUUAAGAAAGAACACACUGCUGUGCCUUUGGGAAUGCCAUCUGCAGGUAGCAUUUCAACCCCUCCAGAUUAUGCAACUCCCUUGACUAUAGAGACGUCGCCAGAACCUCCUUCGACACCAAGUACAGACACGGCGUCAGAGGCCGGAAGUGAUUUUAAUUCCCCGCAGGGCAGCCCAACGGCAAAUUGUGAAUACCAGCACCUUGUGGUGGUACGUCUAGCUCCAUCGACUCCAACCAUUCCAUUAGCUCCUCCUGCUGCAGAUGCUGCCCUUCCUGCGGUUCCUGACCCCAACUCAGGAAUCCCUUCGGCAGAUCCUACAGGUGGUCUUGUUGAAACUGAGGAUAAUGCGGACAUUGAUGAAACGAAUGAAGGAUCAUCUCUUCUCCAGCAAGUUGUUGCUAAAAGACUUCAGUUUGAAGAUGGGAUGUUUGAUCAUUCUCCAAUUGAUGAGGAUGCCGAGUCUCUCCUUGCUGACCAUCCAAAUGAUACAACAACCUUUGAAUCUGUCAUUAAGUCUGAUCCAGCAGCAGAAGGUCUGGACAGUUGCAGCAGUGAUGUGUCUAGUGUUCGGAACUAUGAAUCAAGUAGUUUUGGGUCUGAGUUUAGCUUAAAGCAGGAAGGAAGUGAAUUGAAAACAGAAUUGGACUGCGAUGAUGAAGAGAAACCAUUAGAUAAGAGCAGCUGGGACUUGGAGGUGCUUAAUUCAUUGGAGGAUGGAUCAACCUCCCCUAUCGAUCUUCUUUCUCUCAUCAAAAUUCUUGGCAAGGAAAUUUCAACAUGUGAAAGCCUCUUGAAAGAUGAACUUGAGAAAAGAAAACGAUACAAGAUAGAUGAUAGUCGAAGAACACACAAUUAUGACCAGUUCAUCAUUACAUUUCUGGCCAUGCUUGCUGAACAAGGGAAGAUAGGAGACCUUGUUAAACAACAGAUGCAGCCCUCUCGCAAGAGACCAGCUCCUACACCAGCCACUCCUCGAGGAUCUAGGCCACCAUUAAAGAAGACAGAGUCAAAGUCAUCUCCCAACUCUAGAAAACGAGGCAGAAAGAAAAAGGCUAAAGGAAAAAGGAAGAGAUAAAUGAUAGUCCGGCUGGAAUGUCAUAAGGAAAAGAAAUUGCAUCUCAUACAAAAGCACUUUUAUGUAACAUAAAAUGUUUAAAGGGUACUAGAAUUGGGCAAAGCUCCUAAUAUUUAAUAAAAUCUGAUAUUGAACACAAUCAAAUAAAUUCUAUAAUAAUUAA